UCCCCUUCCCCUGCACGGAAGUCGCUGCCGCCGCAGGGCAAGGAUUCCCGGCGAAGAUGGGGAGGAAAAAGAUCCAGAUCCAGCGGAUCACAGACGAGCGCAACCGGCAGGUGACCUUCACCAAGCGCAAGUUCGGGCUGAUGAAGAAGGCGUACGAGCUGAGCGUGCUGUGCGACUGCGAGAUCGCCCUCAUCAUCUUCAACCACUCCAACAAGCUCUUCCAGUACGCCAGCACCGACAUGGACAAGGUGCUGCUCAAGUACACCGAGUACAACGAGCCCCACGAGAGCCGCACCAACGCCGACAUCAUCGAGACAUUAAGGAAAAAAGGGUUUAAUGGCUGUGACAGCCCCGAGCCGGAUGGUGAGGACUCCAUAGAUCAGAGCCCGUUGAUGGAGGAUAAAUUCCGCAAAGGCAGCGAGGAUUUGGACAUCCUGUUCAAGCGCUACGGUUCUGCAGUGCCGGCUCCCAACUUCGCCAUGCCCGUGACGGUGCCCGUGAGCAGCCAGAGCUCGCUGCAGUUCAGCAACCCCGGGGGCUCCCUGGUGACGCAGACGCUGGUGACAUCGUCGCUCACGGACCCCCGGCUCCUGUCCCCGCAGCAGCCGCCGCUGCAGAGGAACGCGGUGGCCCCGGGGCUCCCAGCACUGCCAGCUGCUCCGGGGGCGAUGCUCGGAGGAGACCUGACCAACACGAACGGAGCCUGUCCCAGCCCUGUGGGAGCCAAAAAGGCCGCGGAGGAGGGUGGGAUGGAGCAUCCUGCCCGGAUAACGCCGUAUCGGAUGCCGCAUCCUGCUGCCUCCAACGGCGUGGAGGCCUUGGGAAUAAUCCCAGCUUCUUCCCGCACCGGCAAGCGGCCAGUGGCUCUGGGCGCCGCCGGCACCGCGCCCAGCCCCGGGCGCGUGUCCUCGCCAAGGCCGCUCAUCCGCCUCCCGCCGCCCUCCCUCCUCCUUCCCGGCCUCCCGCUGCCUCCGGAGCAGCCAGCGGGUCUGCAGCAGAACCCGCCACGGUUGGGCGCCUCGCAAGCCGGCCACUCGCUGACCACCCCGGUGGUUUCUGUGGCUACUCCCAGCCUGCUGACGCAGGGGCUGCCCUUCUCGGCCAUGCCCACCGCCUACAACACAGAUUACCAGCUGACCAGCGCUGAGCUGUCCUCGCUGCCCGCGUUCAGCUCGCCCGGUGGCCUGUCCCUCGGCAGCAUCUCUGCCUGGCAGCAACAACAGCAGCAGCAGCAACAGCAGCAGCAACAACAACA